AUGGAUGUCCAGUAUUGUGUAUUUACAAGAAAUAUAUUGCAUGUGAUGAAUUGAUCUCUUUAUGGCCUGGGCACAAUACAGUGAAGCAUGAAUUGCCCAUUGGCGCAGUGGUAUCCGUCUUCCUCCUGUUAGGGAUGAACCAACACUUGUUGCAGACCUCAGUUCAGUGGAAGAGAUGGUCCAUGCAACAUCAUGUUGUAUAGGAUGAUUUGGCUAACAUUUUUCAUUUUGACGUUUCUUGCCGUUCCCGGAGAUUCGACUCCUUGCUCCAAGUACCAGAUCUCCUACAACAGCUCCUGCUAUGAAUUUGCUCGCCUUGAACGCACUUUCCACAGUGCUCAGUCCUGGUGUGAAAGAGGAGGGGGACAUCUGGUCUUUAUUCGUGAUCAGGGGACUCAAGACUUUCUAGGACAACAUCUAUCGGAAGAUGCAAAUUGGUGGAUGGGGAUUGUAUACAACCUUCAACCUAAGAGUGAUUCAGGAACUUUGACCUGGCUGGAUACAUCUAAUGUAAGCUAUGAUAACUGGGAAAGUAAGGAAGCCUCUGUCACUGGUGGAAAGUGUGGCUACCUGAAGAAGCAGUCUGGCUACCAGUGGGCAACAACUGACAACUGCAGCCAGGAUUUCUUUUUUAUUUGUGAAUUUGAAUCUGGCUUUACCAUAGCCUGUGAUAACCAGAAUGCUACAGUACAGUGUGGAUCCGGAGAAGUGGUACAGAUUAAUGAGAGUUUCUAUGGACGCCAGAGCCCCCAUCUCUGUGCCCAGGAGACUGCUGCCCCCUCCACAACUGGCUGCAAGUGGAACAACGUGAAGGAGCAAGUUUCAGGUCAAUGCCAGGGGCUCCAGGCUUGUCAGAUUGCUACUGAAGCUUCUCUCUUUGGUGAGCCAUGCCCUGUGUCGGGAAGUUACCUGUCUAUCAGAUACGGCUGCAUGGAAGGUCUGCAGCUUGAAUUGCCAGAUAGAUGUCUGGUGUCUGAAAAUAUCACAAUCACUGUGAAUUGGCUCCUAACUCCCUUCACUGGAAAUCUCUCCUGCAUUAUAAACACUGGAGACGGAUACUCUAUUGAUCCCUAUCAGCCUGAGAAUGUCUCUAGCAGUAUAAUACACAGUUACUCUUCCCCUGGAGACUUUGCUGUUUUUGUGGAGUGUUCCACCAGUGAAUGGCAUGUGACAGCACAGGGAAACGUUAUAGUGGAAGAAGCCAGUGGCAGCCUAAGGGUCAGUGGCUGUUUCAGCCAGCAUGAGUACAAAGAUGGGAUCUGUGUGGCUGUGUAUGGGGAGGCCAUGUGGAUCCAAAUAGAGCUGAAUACAGGCACCAAUAUGAAUGUCUCUCUGCUAGCAGACAAUAGAACUUUGGCGGAGUCCAGUGUACAGACUGGAGACCCAGCAUAUAAUCUGACCCUGGAAAUAGCAUCCCAGCACCUCAUUGGUCCAGGAUUCCAUCACCUGCAAAUAGUGGCAUCCAGUGAUCGCACCUCUCUGAGACUCAAUACCAGUAUCAUUGUCCAACUCAUUGAAGCAGUAUCUGGCUUGCAAGGACAGCUGUCCACCACCAGACUGCAAGCAGGUAAAGAAUUGCAGAUACAUGUAUCUGUGUCUCGUGGAGCACCAAUGGAACUAAAGAUUGAAUUCAAAGGAUCUAAUGGAACCUUCAGCCACUCCAGAGAAAGCCCAACAGGACAGACACAGAUAUCCAAUAUCUCUCUCAAUGUGGAAGGUACAUAUACGGUUACAAUCAUAGCUGAAAAUUUAGUUUCUAAUGCAAGUUUGGAAAUUGGACACAUUACUGUAAUAACCAACUCUACUAUACAUGAAGGGACACAUAGAGAAAAGGAGACCAAGGAAUUCAUUAAAAAGAAUUGGGCAAUGCAAAUAGAGCCCCGCAGACAUGUCAACCCAUUUUCCAAUAUUAGUUUGCAAGUAUGGAGCAACAUUACUGAUAAUAUCACCUGGUCGUGUGGAUCUUGCUGGUCGGGAUGGUUUGCAUGUUUAAAACUGAAUAUAAUUGACCCCACCUCAAAUAAGAUUGUGAUUCCUGCUGCCUGCCUGCCACCCCCUAAUGCCGCGUUCACUGUCCAAGCUGCUGUAGUUCUCAGUGAUGGGGAGACAGUGCAGGAUGAACAAUGCUUCUAUGUGACCGCCAAGAACCAACUUCGACCCACAAUCAGCUGUCUGAGUAACUGCAAGAAUGUUAACCUUUCUGAGGCCAUGGUGCUCUAUGCUUCCUGUGAAAACUGCAAUGCAGUUACAUAUACCUGGUACAUUCAGGAUAACUUCAAUAAGUCUGUGUCCCUUCCUCCUGUGUGCAGUCUGCGUGAUUUUAGGCCGAGCUCUCUGGUUUUGUUACAAAGUGACACAUCCACACUUGUAUUAAACAGCACCUUUCUACAGAGCCAAUCCCAAGGGGCUUUCAGAAUAAAGCUGAUAGCCAGAUCCACCCAGGAAUAUGGUGAAGAAGUGAAAGUGGUCAGCACCUUGCCUCCACCAGAGGUGCCAAGCUGCAGUGUCUAUCCAGAAGAAGGUUCUGUACUGACCAGUUUCCGGAUCUCCUGCCUUCCUCCUUGUGCUCAAACUGAGUCUUGUUCUAGAGAUGAUCGUAUAUUCCUUACUUAUUGUUUUUACCCCAAGCCAAAAUCGCAGCUGUACUGCGGCCCAAAUGGAGAACUCCCUUCUGUGUAUUUACCACUCGGAGAAGAAGAAAAUGACUUUGUUCUAAAUAUCACUGUUACUGUCAGCAACAACUUUGGUGAAGUUGUCGGCUCCACCGUCAAUGUUAAGGUUACAUAUGGAAACAGUGACCCUGAGAGUCUAACAUCGUUCCUUUCUGAUAGGUCAGCCAGCAUUUUAAAGGAUGGGAGUAAAAGUCGAUCACUAAUACAGCUGUACAAGUCAGUGUCUUCUGUCUUGAAUCAGGAAGUUCCUGGAGACAAUGGUGAUAGAUCACUAAACAAAGACAACAAAAAAGAGCUGCGAGAAGUAAUGUUAACGGCGCUCUCUACUGUUAAUGUCACGUCACUACACACAGCUCUGGAGAUGUCCGAGGUGCUGAAAGACAUUACGGUGAAAAGUGAAGAACUGUCUUCCUCAGCUCAGGUGGAAGCCAUGUCUGUACUGAGGGAUGUCAGCCAAUCCCUAUUAACAAUAAGUGAUGAACAAGACCAUGCAAAGGAAACAGCAGCAACGUAUCUGUUUAGUGCUAUGAGUAAUGUGCUGGAAGCUACUGCAAAAAAUGACAGUGACCCCAUAAGCAAGAGUGCAAUCUCACAGACAUUACUGAGUGCAGUGGAGAACCUGCAGAGUGCUUUACUUAUAGGAAAACUUCCCGACAAUGAGCCUACAGUACUGGUGGCUCCAUCCGCUACCAUGUAUAUAAACAGGCUACAGUCAGACCAGGUGGGAAGUGCCUCUGUGAAUGUCCACAAUGUCAACACAGCAGCAUUUAAACUCCCCUCCAUCACAUCUAUGAAUGUUCCCCUAGACAGAGAUGAGGCGUUGGAUCUUCGGAUGGUGAGCUUUUUAGUGAACCCGUUUUCCUCAAGGAACACAUUUGAAAUUACUGGUUCUGUAGGAGGUCUGAGCCUUUCUAGCACCAAUGGAUCCAUCAUCUCUGUAAAGAAUCUCACAGAAUAUAUAGAGAUAAUGUUACCCCGGGAUUCCACAGAUAACGAUGUAAAAAGCAUUUUCUAUUUGGCUAACUUAACAUCUGUUCUGGUAAAUGUGACAUCAGCCAGUCUUCCUCUUGUGAUUUAUGUGGAACCCAGUCAGCAAAUACCUCUGGUGCUGUACCUGGGGUAUGAGUACCAUCCUAAUGAAACAAACUAUGACAUCAAUUUCCAUCUGCCCAAUGGAAAAUACCCUGGAGAAAAGGUCUAUUCCUGGGUUAUAAAUCCAGAAGAGCUGUUCGGGGAAGGGACAUAUUACUUGGCAUUGAAACCAGAUGUAGAGGAUGACAUAUUUAAUGGAGAUUACAUAUCUGUGUCAGUCACGUGUUUCACCUCCCAGUGUGUAUUUUGGGAUGAGAUCAACCAGAGCUGGAACAACACUGGAUGCCAUGUUGGACCCAAGACAUCACUACAUAGUACCCAGUGUCUUUGCACUCACUUAACAUUUUUUGGCAGCUCAUUUAUUGUUAUGCCCAACGUUAUUGAUGUAAGCAGGACAGUUGAACUCUUUGCAACGUUUGUGGACAAUCCUGUGGUGGUAACCACCGUUGGCUGCAUUGCUGUUAUUUAUAUUUUGGUGAUGAUUUGGGCCAGGAGAAAAGAUAUCCAGGAUAAUGCCAAGGUGAAGGUUAUAGCUCUUGAAGAUAAUGAUCCAUUUGCCGAGUAUCGAUACCUAGUCACGGUUUUUACUGGUCACCGUCGAGGUGCUGCUACAAGUUCCAGGGUAACUAUGACACUGUACGGUUCUGAUGGAGAGAGUGAGCCUCACCACCUGUAUGAUGCAGAUGGAGCUGUGUAUGAACGCGGAGGGUCUGAUAUCUUUCUGCUCACAACUCUGUUUCCACUAGGGGAGGUGCAGAGCAUUCGACUUUGGCAUGACAACUCUGGAGACAAGCCCUCAUGGUAUGUGAACAGGGUCUUGGUACAUGACUUAGAAAUGGACCGAAAGUGGUAUUUCCUCUGUAACUCAUGGCUUUCUGUUGAGGUUGGGGACUGUGUAUUGGAUAAAGUGUUCAGUGUGGCCACAGAAGAGGAUAUGAAACAAUUCAGCAAUCUGUUCUUCAUGAAAACAUCUAAAGGGUUCCGUGAUGGCCAUAUCUGGUACUCUGUUUUUAACCGCUCUCCCAGAAGCCCUUUCACCAGGGUGCAGAGAGUGUCUUGCUGCUUCUCCCUGCUGCUGUGCACCAUGCUGACCAGCAUUAUGUUUUGGGGGGUGCCCACCGACCCAGCUGAGCAGAAGAUGGACUUGGGUAAGAUUGAGUUCACCUGGCAGGAGGUCAUGAUCGGAUUUGAGAGCUCCCUGCUGAUGUUCCCCAUCAACCUCCUAAUUGUUCAGAUCUUCAGACACAUCCGACCUAAACAGACAAAGGAAUCGGAAAAGAAAGAAAAAGACUGUACUUCUGAUACUGCCAUGGGGUCUUCAUCUUCACCACUUGUCUCUAUCUCAACUCUCACUACAGAGGCUGUUUUAAAGGACAUCAGGAGAAUUGCCAGCUCAUUGUUUAAAGCCCAGAAGGCUCCAUUGCCAGAAAUGAACUUUGGGAAUUCAACUGAUAUCAAUAGACUUCUGUCUCUGGUUGAAGACAUCAUCCUCAAGCAAAACAGAGUUACCCAGGAAUUUUAUGAUGAUAGUAAGAAGAAGGAGAGGUCCCUGAACCUCAGUUUGGGCUCUGUAGACUUGAAUGAAGACAUAAGAAGUCCUACUCCAGUGAAAGGACUGUGUGAGAAGAUGCCUCGUGGAGAACAGAACCGCUAUCUUUAUCUACAACUGCAGCAUGUGGAGAGGAGGCUGGAACUUCUAGGACCUCAUCAAUUCCAAAACUCUCAAAGUUACAUCCAAGCCGUGUCACAAGUCCAGCAUAUGAAGGAGAUUUUGGAGAAUCAGCUUUAUGCAUCUGGUUCUGCUAGUGACAUGUGCUCAUCUACAGCCAGUCUGUCUGAGGAUAAAAAGAAGAACUCAGCCAAGGGACUGCCUUGGUGGUUUGUAUUCAUCGGUUGGUUCCUGGUGGCAGCGACCAGUGGCGUAUCGGGCUUCUUCACAAUGUUGUAUGGUCUGCAUUAUGGGAAGGACAGCUCCAUCAAGUGGCUGAUCUCAAUGGCAAUCUCAUUCUUUGAGAGCCUCUUUAUUACACAACCUUUAAAGGUUCUGGGAUUUGCUGCAUUUUUUGCUCUAGUUCUUAAGAAAGUAGAACCAGAAGAUGAAGAAGACACUGCUCUCAAUGGAAAACUUUCUACACCAGGUGAUUCAAAAGUUUUGCUGGAAUCUCGCAGAGACAGCAACAUUUACCAGCCUCCCCCUCCUAGCGAUGUCUCAAAGAUGAAGGAUAAUUGUAUUAAAGAGCAAAAAGUAUUUGCAUUAAUAAGAGAAAUACUAGCCUACCUAGGAUUCCUGUGGAUGCUUCUACUAGUGGCAUAUGGACAGAGAGAUCCAAAUUCAUACUACCUUAAUAAGCACAUAGAGGGCAGUUUUACAGAUGGAAUGGGGAAAGUCUGCAGCUACCAAGAUUUCUUUAACUGGGCUAACACUACCCUUAUCAAUAACCUCUAUGGAACCCAUCCAGGCUUUGUGACGGAUGGUAACUCCAAGUUGGUUGGCAGCGCAAGGUUUCGCCAGUUGCGAGUCAAGAAGGACUCUUGCCCAAUAGCUACUGUCCUCCAGAAUACGAUUAAUGAAUGUCGGGCACCUUAUUCCCUGGAUACUGAGGAUAUGGAACAUUAUGGUGAAGGCUGGAAUUCCUCUGCAUUCACCAAUGCAACCAACACUGAUUCUGCCUGGUACUACAAGAGCCAGUCCAAGCUUAGAGGCCACCCUACCUGGGGUCGACUGGCAACAUACCGCGGAGGGGGUUAUGUGGUACAUUUAGGAAGCGAUAGAACUACUGCACGCAGGAUUCUGCGAAACCUUUUCAACAAUGUCUGGUUGGACGAUUUCACUAGGGCUCUUUUUGUAGAAUUUACGAUUUAUAAUGCCAAUGUCAACCUCUUCUGCAUUGUCCGGGUAAUGUUUGAGACCAACGCAUUAGGUACCUUCAUGACUCACGCUGAUCUUCAAAGUGUCAGGCUGUAUCCCUACACAGAUGGCUUACAUAUAUUUGUUGUGGCAGCGGAAGUGAUUUAUUUCCUCUUUGUUAUAUACUACAUGGUGGUGCAGGGAAAACUCAUGAAAACUCUUAAAUGGGGGUAUUUCCGCAGUAAGUGGAACCUGCUGGAGUUGGCUCUGAUUUUAAUAAGCUGGAGUGCCCUUUCUGUGUUUGUAAAGAGGACCAUUCUUGGAAACAAGGACAUCAAUUACUACCAGAAUCACAAGGAUGAGUUUGUAAGUUUUAAUGAAACGGCCACUGCAGAUGCAGCCCUGGGUUACCUUAUAGCUUUCCUUGUUCUCCUAUCAACCAUCAAGCUGUGGCAUCUGAUGAGAUUGAACCCAAAACUAAACAUGAUCACAGCAACUCUGCGCAGAGCCUGGGGUGACAUUUCUGGAUUUAUCACCGUCAUCCUAAUUAUGUUCCUAGCCUAUUCCAUUGCUUGUAAUCUGAUAUUCGGAUGGAAGCUCGACUCAUAUAAAACUGUGUUGGAUUCAGCAAAGACUAUGGUCAGCCUUCAGCUGGGGAUUUUCAACUAUGAGGAGGUGUUGGAUUAUAACCCUGUGCUAGGCUCGUUUGUCGUUGGAUCAUGCAUUAUUUUCAUGACUUUUGUGGUGCUGAAUCUCUUCAUAUCGGUUAUCUUGGUUGCAUUCAGUGAGGAGCAGAAGAAUCACCAGGCAUCAGAAGAGGAAGAAAUUGUGGAUCUCAUGCUCAUGAAAAUUUUUAGUUUUUUUGGUUUGAAGCACAAGAAGAUGUGAACGGCGGAGUGUGUCCCUGAUGCAGGCUUGGAGUCUAACACUAUGAUCUGAUCAUAACCAUUGCAAUCUAAUUGUGCAAUCUCCAUUCCAUAUGCCAACAAUUAUGUAGUGAUGAAUGCUUUUUACAGUACUUGACGACGCACUAGAUAACAGUAUUAAAGGAGGAGCUACACUCCACCUAACUCCACCCACCUACUCAUAAAUAAAAAUCCCUAAUUAAAAAAAAA